AUGAUUCUUCAUAAAAUAUGUCUACUUUUCUUUAAAAAUUAUAGUUAUGUAUAUUUGUUUCUUCAAUGGAAAAAGCUUAUGGAUGAAGUAAAAAUAGAUGAAAUUGAACAAAAUGAAGAAGAAGAUAAAGAAGAAGAAGAAAACAAUGGAGCAAUACUACUACCAGAUCAAGUAAAAGAUUUAGAAGUAUAUUUAGACGGAGAAGAAGCAGGAGUAAUAGAAUCCAUAGAUUAUAAUGAAAAACACAUACCAGAGAUUUGUGAAAACUUUCACCAUAAGGAAUUAAAGAUUCAUAAUCUCGAACCAAAGAAAAUAUGCUACAAAUGGAUGUCAUAUCUAUUUCAUAAUAAGGACAAUCCUAAUAUAACAUAUAUAGAAGCCCGUUGUAAAUAUUUGUAUUAUUGGCUAUACUAUGAACUUAAAGAUAAAAAUGAAAGAGACAUUAUCAUACACGCUUAUGAAAAAUUGCUAAAUUUAGGUAAUGAUUACAACAAUAGUAUGUGUAAAAAUUAUAGCGAAUCUUUAAAAGAAGAUAAAUUGGAAAAACUGAAAGACUUACAUGACAUGUACACAAACAUUAAUGAUAUAAAACAUUUCCAUCUUGAUUUAUGUAACGGAAAAAAGUGUAAUUGUGCUGAACAAUGUGCUAAUAUAUAUAAUCGACGCAAGGUCGAAUGUGAAUCUAGUGCAGAUGCUGAUUUUUGUAACAUAUUAAAAAAAAUUAGGAAUGAACUUAUUAAUCUGGAAUUAAUUGAAGAUUGUGAAAUUACUAUACCAGAAAUGAUAAUCUCUCACAAAUCUAGUAAAACAAAUUCAAUGUUAAUUUCAUUUGUAGUAACAUUUGUAAUAUCAUUUAUAUUAUUUAUUCUGUAUAGGGUUAACAAUGAUAUUUUUACCAGAUAUGGUUCAUCCUUGUUUCAUGGAACAGUAGGGAAAAAGAUUAAGUGGAAUUCUUUAUAUGAGGAAAAAAAUAUAUUGCAACUAUAUGAAAUAAACAACAGUAAUGGAACCAAUAGGAGAUGUAAUAUAUUAUAUAAUGCAGCAUAA